UCCGAACGCAAACGUCAAACUUGAUCCAGACAGAGACAGAUCCGCGCAAAAUUUCGAUACUGAUCGAUCUUUUUUUUUUUUUUUUUUUUUUGAAUUUCAAAAGAAGUUUCGAAGAUUCAUCGAGAGCAGUAUGAAUCUACGGACUUUCGUAGAUCGGCCGAUUGUCGACGCAGCGAUAGGUUCGAAAGAAUCGGAUUGUUUCGCGCGACAAUGAUCGAGCGAAAUGCUCGGAGGAAUUUUCUAUCAAAAUUGCAGUGAAGUGCAAACUCGUGCUCCGUCGGUGACUAUAUAGGAAAAGUGGCGCAUUCCGCGUUUGUAUAUAAUUGAAAUCGUCCGCGGAGGACGUUUCGUGGUUUCGAUCGCGAAUUACCAGCUGGGCCACCGAAGAACGACAAUUACGAAACGUCGACUAUGGUAGUUCUGAGUCGUGUGGGGUCGCCGACGAUGUCAGCGACUGUCGCCGGCAACCAGCAACAGCAGCAUCCUCAUCAGGAAUGGGACAUAAAUGAUUCGAACGUUCCGAGGGUGGUGGAAUACGAUCCUUGGUGCGAAUGGGCGGACGGACACGUGAGGAGAGUCUACGGGCCAGAUUGCGAGGAAGCGAGGAGACACGCCUCGGGUUGGGCGAUGAGGAACACGAAUAAUCACAACGUGAGCAUCCUCAAGAAGAGUUGUCUGGGAGUUCUGGUCUGCUCUCAGGAGUGCGUACUACCCGGCGGCGGAAGGGUUCACCUCCGACCGGCGAUUUGCGAUAAGGCGAGAAAGAAGCAACAGGGUAAACCGUGUCCGAACAGACAGUGCACCGGUCGGUUGGAAAUUCUAUCGUGUCGCGGACAUUGCGGUUACCCCGUCACCCAUUUCUGGCGUCACACCGAGCACGCAAUUUUCUUCCAAGCCAAGGGCCAGCACGACCAUCCGCGACCGGAAGCAAAAUCUACGUCCGAAGCCCGAAGAAGCGUCGGCGCCGGCAGAAGGGUCAGAGGACUGGCGGUCCUAUUGGCGAGAGAAGCCGCUCUGGGUUCCAAGUUAAUGUCGCUGCGGGGCACCAAAAGGUCAAGCACGGACACGGUCGAACAACCUGCGUCGCGAACGACGCAGCCACCGCCACUGAUCUCCGAUAAAGGGUAUUCGUGCUCCUGUCCGCCGUUCGAGUGUAUGUGCACGUUGCAAACGAACGUAGUACCGUCCUACCCGCAGUCGCAUCAUCACCAGACGGCAGUAUACUCCCAACAAUUUCCCCUCGCAGAUAGUCCUUACUGGCUUCAAGACGCUCCGCCGCAAGAGAACACCGUCGGUUACUGUUUGCCGAAUCAGGUUUCCCAGGAAGCGUCCUACGGCGAUUUUCCGCCGUUCGCGGGCGAUCUCUUUCAACCGGAGGAAAUCUUUCAGUUGGAUCAACCUCUGAGGCCGGACUUUCCCUCGAAUUCCCAGGAGGUGGCUCGCUCGCCGCCGACUCUGCUCGAUCUCGGUAGCGGCACCAUCAAGUACGAGGUGAAGCAACAGAAUCAGGAUCAGAAUUAUUGGAACCAGUUUCUAAGCGAAGAUUCCAGCAGCAGCCAUCUGAGUCUGCCCCAGGACGACAGGCUUCACUUCGCCAGUUUCGAAUCCGAGAAAGUCAGCAACGGCUUCUCCUCCAGAAGAGUGAUGCAUCAGUACGUGCAGGACAAGAAUCAGAAUCAAUCGUUAAACAACACUUUGAAUUAUCAAAGUUACUCCAGACAGCAAGGUCAGAAAGGCUACGUUGAGAGCAACGCCAAGGACGAACAGUCUUACUGGUCUCAGAAUCAACAGGACAACAGAUUACAGACUCUGGAUAGUUUCGAGGUCAAGGAGGAGGAUCUGUUGUCCGCGCGCAGAGAAGUCAACGAGUGUUACAAGAACAACAGUCAGCCGUCGAUGGUGGACAGAACGGAGUACAAUAUCUAUCAGAGACCGAAGAGCGAGGAUUUGCAGGACACAGCGCGACACAACUGUAGUCCCGAGAACAAACCGUAUCCCUUCGACGGGUAUCAUCAGAUGUUCGAGCAGAGCGACGUCAAGAAUCAGCCGCAGAACCGCGCCGUUUGUCAGAGCUCGACCAGAACGACGAAUCUGGACGACAAGCUUCAAAGUGGUGGUUACGGCAAUCAUCACGAGAGCUCGGAAAUCGCGGGAAGGCUGUACCACAACAAUUCCGGCGCGGUCGAAACGUCGAUUCAGUCCCAGAACAGUCCCGAGCCGUUCUUUUAUCCCAGCAACGAUCGUUGUCAUUACACCUGCGAGAUUCUCGAGCGGGUGCCGCAGAUGAUGAACGCCGGUCCGGUUCACGGGGCCGUUAACAGUUACGGCAGCGACCAGACGACCGCCGCCGCCGACCUGGAACUGCCACCCUUCGUUGAUUACACGCUAGUCGGGAUGCUGUGCAGCUCCGCGGACGAGGACACGUCGAGCUUGCUGCCGGGAUGCCCUCAGGACUCGCACAGCAGCUACAUUUCUCAUCAUUAG